AAUAACGCGAGAUGUAUGUCGUCACCUAGAAACAGUGCAAGUGUUUGUUUUUUGUCUGGAUACCACCGAUGCUACCAUUUCGUAUAGCAUCGUGCUAGAUGGAUUUACCGCAUCCCAUCAGGAAACGUUUAGAAGAUUUCUCCCGAAGCGUGUUUAGUGAUCCAAGCAGGACUGAGCUAACCCCCGAAGACCAUGGCACAUUAUUGGAGCCCAGCAAACAAGUCGUAUCGAGUCUACCACUCCAGAUGUCUCUGUUCUUCAACAUGUGUUUCUUCCCCUUGUGGUGGAUCUGUGAAGUUGUGAUGCUUCAGCUUAAGUAUUCUGCCCUUCCAGACUACUACAAGUUCAUACUCGUCACUGUCAUUGUUGUGAUGACUGUGAUAGAGGCUAUACGACUCUAUCUAGGCUAUGCCGGGAAUCUACAAGAAAAGGUUCCAGAGCUGGCAGGUUUCUGGCUGCUGAGUAUCUUGCUGCAGUUUCCAUUGAUCCUCUUCCUGCUUUUCAAUGAGUCCAUUAUUAUUCAGCCCCUGGAAAGAGGGGUUCACAUAGUCCUUAGCCUCUUUCUCCUCACACAGGCUGUGUCUGGCUUUUCAGCGCUGCGCGAGAUGGUCAGACACACAGAGAGCCAGUUCCACCUGCGUCAGUUUGACUAAAUGCUAACAUUUUUAACCAUUAUCGAAUGGAAAAAGCACAAUACAUGGCAGUAAUUAUUAUUAAUUGUGUUCCACAAAAUCUGAUGUCAAAGAACAGUGUUAUUUGCUUUUAAAAAUAUAUUUUUAUAUUGAA